AUGGUCGUCUGUAACUGCUUCCUCCAAGCUCCACCUCUCUCUCGUUUUUUACUACCGGUUUUCUCUCGCCGUGCUACGAAUAUCUCCUCGGGUUUUGGUCGGCUCAAAGCCACCGUCAUGUUCUCCUCCGCCGUGAACCGGACCGGACCUGUGACAUCUCCGGUCCGGGCUGAAGUAAAACGCGUCUCACGCAAAGACGAUGCCGUAGCUUUGGCUUCUGAUCUUCAAUUUGAGACGCCUCUGAAGAUUGUUGAGUAUCCGGAUCCUAUAUUACGAGCUAAGAACAAGAAGAUUGGUGUUUUUGAUGAGAAUUUGAAGAACUUGGUCGAUGCUAUGUUUGAUGUUAUGUACAAAACGGAUGGCAUCGGGCUCUCAGCACCACAAGUAGGUCUCAAUGUUCAACUCAUGGUGUUUAAUCCGGCUGGGGAGCCUGGUGAAGGAGAAGAAAUUGUUCUUGUGAAUCCGAAAAUCAAUAAAUAUUCUGAUAAGUUAGUGCCAUUUGAUGAAGGAUGCCUAUCCUUCCCAGGGAUCUAUGCUGAAGUAGUUCGACCACAAUCUGUCAAGAUUGAUGCACGGGACAUUACUGGUGCCAGAUUUUCAAUCAGUCUAUCACGUUUACCUGCACGAAUCUUUCAGCACGAAUACGACCAUCUCGAGGGAGUUCUCUUCUUUGACAGAAUGACGGAUCAAGUUCUUGACAGCAUUCGUGAAGAGCUAGAGGCCCUAGAAAAGAAGUACGAAGAAAAAACUGGAUUGCCUAGCCCUGAGAGAGUACAAGCACGACAAAAAAGGAAAGCAGGAGUUGGUUUUGGCAAACGUUGA